CAUUAUUAUGGAACACCGAAGCCAGUGGAAGAUGAUCAAAUGGUGAGCGAUCCGAAAGGGCCAUUACCUCCAAAUUGGGAGAUUGCAUAUACCGAACAAGGAGAGAAAUAUUUUGUCGAUCAUAACACGGGUUCGACACACUGGGAAGACCCGAGGGAUUUGCCUGACGGCUGGGAAAAGGUCAGUGAUGGUGUGUAUGGAACCUUUUAUGUGGAGUAA